GCCCGCCUCUUGCGCGCCGCCUCCUCUCUUCCUUUCUUCCUCCCACACCCCAUGCCGCCGGCAGCCUCCGUCUCGUAACCUCAAUCGAUCCAUGGCCGCCACCAUCGCCGUCGCGCUUAUCCGCCGCUCCACCUCCUCCCCGCACCGUCGCAUUCUCCUCCCCCUCUUAUCUCACCUCCACCGCACCGGUCCCCAAACCCCAUCCCCAUGGCGCCCACCCUACAACCGUUUCCUCUCCUCCGACGCAACCGACGACCCGGACCGGAAGCCGCCCCCCCUCGAUUCGAAGCAGCUAUGGCACGAGCUCUCCACCUCCGAGCCUGCGACGAGCUCGUCGCGCCUCCCCAAGGCCACCUGGGACGACGUGGUGUCCCUCAUCCGCCGCUUCUCCAAGGACCCUGCCAUCGCUGACCAGGCCCUCGCGCUCUACAUCCCCGCCUCCGCGUUCCCCGCGUACGCCAAACGCUUCAUCCACUUCAUACCCCCGCGCCUCUCCCGAGAAUCCGCCGAGCGACUUCUCUCUCUCCCGGCCGAGGACGCGCACGCGCUCCUCCUCCCGUCCUUCGCUGAAUACUGCGUCACCCACCUCGCUGACGAGCUGAGGAAGCACAAGUCCGUCAUGUCCGCGGCUGACCUCACGGCGCCGCAAACCUGGUACCCUUUUGCCCGGGCCAUGCGCCGGCGGGUGGUGUACCACUGCGGGCCCACCAACAGCGGCAAGACACACAACGCCCUCGCUCGCUUCAGCACUGCCAAGUCCGGUGUCUACUGCAGCCCGCUCCGGCUCCUCGCCAUGGAGGUCUUCGACAAGGUCAAUGCACUUGGUGUCUACUGCACCCUCCGCACUGGCCAGGAGAUAAAGGAGGUGCCUUUCUCCAACCACGUCGCUUGUACUAUCGAAAUGCUGUCCACCGAGGAGCUCUAUGAAGUCGCCGUGGUCGAUGAGAUACAGAUGAUGGCUGACUCUGUCAGGGGCUAUGCAUGGACACGUGCUGUUCUUGGGCUCAAGGCUGAUGAGAUACAUCUGUGUGGUGACCCUAGCGUGCUCAAGAUUGUUCGUAAGGUUUGUGCAGACACUGGAGAUGAUUUGGAGGUGCAUCAGUAUGAGCGAUUCAAGCCACUUGUCGUCGAGGCAAAGACACUACUUGGAGACCUCAAGAAUGUUCGUUCUGGUGAUUGCAUUGUUGCCUUCUCACGCAGGGAGAUAUUCGAGGUGAAGCUGGCAAUAGAGAAGUUCACGAAGCACAAGUGUUGUGUUAUAUAUGGAGCUUUGCCACCAGAGACACGGCGACAGCAAGCAAAGCUGUUCAACGAACAGGAUAAUGAAUAUGAUGUGCUCGUAGCGAGUGAUGCGGUUGGUAUGGGUCUCAACCUUAACAUUAGAAGGGUUGUGUUCUAUAGCUUGACCAAGUACAAUGGGGACAAGAUGGUGCCAGUUGCUGCUUCACAGGUAAAACAGAUAGCUGGUCGUGCUGGCCGGAGGGGCAGUGUUUAUCCAGAUGGGCUCACGACCACUUUCUUGUCGGAUGAUUUGGAUUAUCUAAUUCAGUGCCUGCAAAAACCAUUUGAGGAGGCACAAAAAGUUGGCCUCUUCCCUUGUUUUGAGCAAGUGGAAAUGUUUGCCAGCCAGUUUCCUGAUCUUACUUUCACCGAUUUGUUGAAUAAGUUCCGUGAAAAUUGCCGCAUCGACAACACAUACUUCAUGUGCCAGCAGGAUAGUAUCAAGAAGGUUGCUAAUAUGCUUGAGAGGGUCCAAGGGCUCUCCCUCAAGGAUCGCUACAACUUUUGUUUUGCGCCAGUCAAUACAAGGGACCCAAAAGCCAUGUACCAUCUUCUCAGAUUUGCUACUCAUUAUAGCCAGAGCCGUCGUGCUACCAUUGCGAUGGGAAUGCCAAAAGGUUCUGCAAAGAAUGACACUGAACUGCUGGACCUCGAGACGAAGCACCAGGUCCUGUCGAUGUAUUUGUGGCUUUCACACCAUUUCGAGGAAGAUCACUUCCCUCAUGUGCAGAAAGCUGAGGAAAUGGCAGUAAAUAUUGCUGAUCUACUUGGCAAGUCACUUGCCAAGGUGUGCUGGAAGCCUGAAUCAAGACAGCAAAGGAAGCAGAGACCAGAAGAGAAGGAGGAGAAUGAUAGCAAUGUUGGACAUGCGUCAGAUGACGAUGCAAAUAAUGUUUCCAAAGAUGGUUAUGAAAGGCCGAGGUCACUUUCUAAAACAUUUGCAAGGAAAAGACAGGAUCGAUCCAGCCAGAAGAAUUCUUCCUUGGACUUUGUGGCAUGAGGUAGUUAUGUGGGGUUGAUUUACUCCAAUUAAAUGCUACAUGGAAACUGUUGAGCCAUCUCGCAACAGCUCUUCAAACCCAAACCUGAGGCUCACAUAUGGCAUACCGCAGCGAUUCUUCCAGUUGUCUGCAUAGGCUGGCUAAGUUCUUUGAGUUUAGCACAAAGCGACACUUGAGCCAGCCAAAAGGUGUGCCAUGACAUUUGCAUCAACUGACGUCAUUUUAGUGGCACGACGUGAGUCUUCUGCUGACUAAUGCUGUUGUGCAAUGCUAGAUUGCAUGCUGAUUAAGGGUUGUUGAUGAAUGAAAAUCAAAUUAGUUUUACAGUGACAUCCUACAAGGUUUUCAUUGACUAUUCUGUAGGCGUCUUGGACUAUUUCGUGUGAUCCUCAAACCUGAUUAUGCAAUGUUUAGACAAUAUAGCAGAGAUAUGUUAUAUAUCACCUUGCCAAUGUUCUCGCCUGACGUGACUGUAGAUUGAAGCGUUCAGGUGCUAUGCUCGAAUUUCAGAUGCUAGUAGACAGACUGUAACUUAUGUUCACCAUGGUUAUCUGAAAUCGUUGGAACC